CCUUGAAAUUGAUUUAAAUUGAACAAUUAGGAAUAUCUAUCGUAGUGAAUAUAUUGAUAGGAUUAUGAAUGUGAGAUGUUUUUUUUUUAAUCUAAUUCAACAAAAAGAAACAUCAACUUCAAGGUUAAAUGAACAGUUAAUUUUAAUCACUAGUGAAGAGUCACCACAAUUAACAAUCAAUGUUACUCCAUCAUCAUCAUUACUUUAAUUUUACUGUAACAAUUUACUUGUUUCUUGAUUGACACCUUAAGACUUUUAGUGUACACACAGUAGAUUCAUCUUUUAAUUAAUCACCAUCAUUGGGAUACAAUUUGUUACAUUUAUUCAAUUUGAAAGACAGAAUUUAAUUUCGAUUCGACAAAAGGAUCUGCUAUUGCUUAUCCAUUUUCCCCUGGAACGUACAGACGAAUCAGUGCAAGUGAACAAAUUUUAUCGGAAACAUUGAGAUCAACAUCAGCUUCUCAUUUGAUUCCACCUUCAUCAUCACCAUCAUCUCAAUAUCAGAAUAAAUCUGACGAGUACAUUUACCUGAGACCAAUGAAAAAUGGGACAACAGCAAAGCUCAAUCACCUUUUGGAAAAGGAGAAAUUGAGACUUCGAAAGGCUUUAAGUCAUGGAGGAAGUAAGAAAGAUGUUAAUACCGUUGAACUACUUCGAACUACACCAAGACCAAGUUUCGCUGAUAUUUUGGCUGAGAAAAUUUCCAAACAUAAUCAAAUCAAUGAUACUAAACUCAUGAUGAAUGGAUCAUCAUCUGGCAAUGGAUCAGCAUCGACAACCUCAUCAUCUUCAACCACAACCUCAACCGGAUCAGCUUCAUCAAUUAACAACAAUAAUAACACAACCACCACCACCACCACCACAAGUAAUUCAGUCUCAUCUUCAGGAACCUCUUCAUUGGGUCAAUCGGGUAACAGUUGGCCAAAUGGUAAAGAUGAUUAUGAGCUUGGUGAAGUUAUCGGUGUUGGUGCUACCGCAGUGGUACAUUCAGCCUACUGUAAACCAAGGAAGGAAAAGUGUGCAAUUAAACGUAUUAAUCUAGAAAAAUGGAAUACCUCAAUGGAUGAAUUAUUGAAAGAGAUUCAAGCAAUGACAGCCUGUAACCAUGAGAAUGUUGUCUCUUAUCAUACCAGUUUUGUGGUUAAAGAAGAGCUUUGGCUUGUAAUUAAAUUACUCGCCGGAGGCUCUUUAUUGGACAUAAUAAAGCAUAAAAUGAAAACAGAGGAUUGUAAACAUGGUGUUUUUGAUGAAGGUACCAUUGCAACGGUUCUUAAAGAGGUUCUUAAAGGGUUAGAAUAUUUUCACAAUAAUGGUCAAAUUCAUCGGGACAUUAAAGCAGGUAACAUAUUAUUAGGUGAAAAUGGUGAAGUUCAGAUUGCCGAUUUUGGUGUAAGCUCUUGGCUUGCCACUGGUGGUGAUCUUUCCCGUCAACGAUCACGUCAUACCUUUGUAGGAACACCCUGUUGGAUGGCUCCGGAAGUUAUGGAACAAGUAACCGGCUAUGAUUUUAAGGCGGACAUAUGGAGCUUGGGUAUUACUGCCAUUGAAUUGGUUACCGGUACUGCUCCCUAUCACAUUUAUCCACCCAUGAAGGUUCUGAUGCUUACCCUUCAAAAUGAUCCUCCGACUCUUGACUCUGUUGCCGAAGAUAAAGACCAAUACAAGAAUUAUGGUAAAUCUAUUAGGAAAUUGAUCUGUGAUUGUCUUCAGAAAGAUCCUUCGAAAAGGCCAACUGCCACUGAGCUGCUUAAACAUCCGUUCCUUAGAAAAGCAAAAGAUAAAAAGUAUCUCGUUCAAAAUCUUUUAUCUUGCGCUCCAAGUAUCGAGGAAAGAGCCAAAAAGGCGAAAAAUGUCCGACGACCACCAGGAACCAGUGGACGACUUCACCGAACUGAAACCGGUGAUUGGGUUUGGUCUUCAGAUGAUGAUUCUUCCGAUCCAAAUGAUGGUAACAACAAAGACUCAUCAGCCAAUUCGUCUGUUGGCUCUGGAACUCAGCCAAAUAGUAGUAAAAAUGAUAGUAAUUCAACAUCAUCACCAACCACAACCAACAACAACAACAACAACAAUUUAAACAAUACAAGUACCACCAACAAUAUUAACAUAAAUAUAAACAACAAUAAUGUAGAAAAUAGUCAACAUGAUGUAAAAACUAAUCAAACCUCCUCCUCCACCUCAUCAUCUUCCUCAACCUCUCGUGAAGUGCCUUCUAAUACCAACCAAGGCCAGCAAAGUGGAUCUGAUUCCUGUGGUAGUAACAAUAAUGCUACUCCAUCACCUCCAACCAUUAAUCUUGUUCUAAGAAUAAGAAAUUCACAAAGAGAUUUGAACGAUAUUCGUUUUGAAUAUUCUUCAGACAGAGAUACCGCUGAAGGAAUAGCCCAAGAGCUUGUUCAAGCUGGAUUAGUUGAUAAUCGUGAUGUGAUAACCGUUGCCUCUAACCUUCAAAAGUUGAUAGAGACCAACUUCGAACAGAAUAUUUCUAUGAAAAAUGUGAUCUUCGCUUUGAGCCAUGAUAAUAACGGAGAUGAGAACGAAGUACCUGAUGAAAAGCUCCUGAUCGGUUUUGCUCAACUUUCUAUCGCAGAUUAACAAGCUUCUUCUGUAGAUUUUUAGUGUAUAUUCUCUCUCUCUCUCUCUCUCUCUCUCUCUCCUCUCUCUCUUUCUCUCUCUCUCUUUUCUCUUUCUACUAUUUGAAAAAAAAGAACCUUAUAAGUUACCAUGAAUGCACACAGAAUUUGGCUCUUUUCUUUACUUUAAAUAAAAGUUCUGUACCUUUAUUCAACUGAAGGAUUUACCGUUAA